AGGAAAAACACAAAAUGCCCAACAGCUGAGCGGGAGUUGGGAAAUAAAUAUUCCCAACAAUAAAUAAUACAACAGUCUUGUUUUUCUGUCUAAAGGUGUUUUGUUUAUGAAUUUUUAAAUUAAUUAACUUGAUGUAAAAGUAUAUUCACAAGACUAAAGAAAUGGUUGCGCCGGCAAGCAAACUGCAGAGCAGCACAAACUCCGAGGAUGAUGAGCCCUCGAGAUCUUCCCAUGUGCAUGCGCCUUCAACUUCCACUCUACAUGGGUCAAGUCUAUUGCUGGAUGCCAAUUCCACGAAGCGCAAGAGCGCUUUCCUGCCAUAUCGCCCGCAAUCCACGGUCCUUACGAAUCUACAGCGCGGCAAUACGGAAGCCACAUUCUGUCCCGUAGAGGUGUCACUGUCCUUCCACGAACGCGCCGGUCAAGGUGAAAUAACGGAGGAACAGGUGAAGGCUGAACUGCUCCGGCAACAGCACAUUGAUUUCAAGGACUCGCAUGGAUUUACACCCCUGCACUGGGCGGCGUCCUAUGGACAGAUGGUCUCAACGCAAUUGCUUGUGGCCGCUGGUGCAAAUGUGAAUAGUCUGGCGCCAGAUAUGGUCACUCCACUGUUGCUCGCUGCCGCUGGAGGACACAAUGAAAUUGUUCGUUUCCUUCUGGAUCGCGGUGCCAGUGGCACGCACAUGGACAUUGUGGGCAAUACUGCAUUAAUGUACGCGGCAGCAGGGAAUCAUCCACACACAUGCAAUGAAUUGCUAUCCAGAGAUCUAGACUUUAGUGCAAGCAAUGAGAACGGAGACACGGCCUAUGCACUGGCCGUAGAGAACGGUUCGCAUCUGGCUCAGGCACUCUUGGAGCAGUAUAUGACAGCCGUACUAACGGCGGGUGCCUUUGGGAGCAUUUAGAUUUUUAGUUUUAGAGGCUUACAGUCUGGCAUUUAGUAAAUUAAUUAUAAAAACUAUUAUAAACAAUACUAAGAUUAACAAAAA